AUGGAACGGAUGUUUUGCACACAUUGGUAUGCGGAAACGCUGAAAACUGAUAAUGGUGCAAAUUUCGUGUCCAAAGAAUUUGAAGCAUAUUUGUCUGAUCAUGAUAUUGAGCAUAAAAGAACGACUCCAUUGUGGCCUCAAGCCAACGGAGAAGUGGAAAGAAAAAAUCGUACUUUGCUGAAAGUCAUGCAGAUUGCACCAGCGGAGAAAAAGAAUUGGAAACUAGAACUUCAUCAAUUCUUACUAGCAUACAGAUCAACUCCUCACAGUACAACAGGAGUAAGUCCAUCAGAGUUGAUGUAUGGAGGAAAUAUUCGUACUAAAAUGCCACAACUGAAGUUGAACUAUUCAAAUGUUGAUUUACAGGUAGAAGAUCGUGAUCGGGAAAAUAAACAGAACAGGAAAGAUUAUGUGGAUACUAGAAGAGGAGCUCGUAACAGUGAAAUCUCGCCAGGAGAUACCGUUUUGCUUAAACAGAAAUGGGAAAACAAACUUUCAACACAAUUUGCAAAUAUUCCUUUCAAGGUAAUUGAUAAAUGUGGUAACCAGAUCACUGUAAGGUCACCACAGGAGGAGUACAAUACAAACGCAAUGUUUCACAUGUUCACAAAUAUUGUGGAGAUCCAAAUUUCGCUCAACAGGAGGAGCAGCCCCAGGUCUACAUUCCAGGUUACAGUGAUGAGGGAAACGAGGUUUCGAUUAACGAGCCAAAUGGGAAAGACAAUUCAGUUGAUGUGA